UGGCAACUCCGCUGAGGCCGUGUUGAGGCCGUGGAAAUUAUCAUUAAAGAUUAGAAAAGGCUGUGUCUCUUCUCCCGUUCAGCCUUGCGCCUUCGAAGUGCGUGUGUGGAAUCCCCUCCGCGGGCGGAACAGGAUGACCAUGGCCAUGCUGGAGCCCUUAGUGCUUUUUGCGGGUUAAAAAGGGCGAGAAAGUUGAGUCACAGAAUGGCAGAAGCUGGCCGGAACAGCGGAGGAAUGAGCCAGCCGGGAAGAGGCUCUGCAUAUAGCACAAACUUCCCAUCACCUAUGACGUACCAGCCCAUGCAGGUACCACCAUUCCAAGCUGGGUACCAAGAUAUGUUUGUCCAGUCUUACCCCAGGGUGAUGCCCAUCUCACACUUCCAGGGUAAUGUACUCUGCCAAGACAAUUCCCAGUUUCAGGGAAGUGGACACUACCAAGGAGAUAACCAGUUCCAGAGCAACAGCCAGUUUCAGGCCAACAGCCAAUACCCAAGCUACAAUCACUUCCAGAAUAAUGCACACUUCCAAGGCAAUGGCCACUUUGAAGGAAAUAGCCACUUGCAGGGGAAUCAGUAUCCAGGGAACUUGCAGUAUGAAGGAAAUUUUGUGAUACCUAGUAAUCCAGGGACAAGAAUGAUGUGUGAUGAAAACUACCAGACGUUCAUCGUAAACAAUGCAACACAGGUGCCGGGGAUGGACUUGCAAUCAAAUACAAGGCAGUAUAAUUCAGUAUCUCAUAGUGUAAGAAGAGGCCCACCGCCAAAGUCAAGUGUAAGGUAUAAUUCGGGAAAAACAGAACAGAAUUGGUCUUUACCAGUGGGGCAAAGCAUGCUUCCAAGUGAUAGUCAAACUAUGGCAACAUCUGGCAGUAGUACUGUUAAUGUCUCAAAGGGAAUAGGCAAAAGUUCACCAGUGACUAGUGAUGGUUCUGUUGCAAAUGUUGUCAAUGCAAAUCCAUCUCAAAAUAACUUAAGUUUUCAGAAUAGGACUUACUCUGGUAACAACAAAUCAGGGAAUACAGCAGGAAACUUUCCAAAAGAGUUACCCCGUAAUCCAAAUGCUGGUGAAAAUGGAGCGUUUGGAGGUGAAGCUAAAGUCAGUCCCCAAGGUAAUGAUAGUGAAGGUUUUAUCAAUGGAAUUUCAAGUGAUGGAGGUGUGAAGAAUAAGGGAAUGAAUCGUGGAAGGGGAGGAAGGGGAAGAAGAGGAGGAAGGCGAAACUAUGGAACAGAUAGGCUGAGUCAAGGGCCGAACAUGCCUUACAACUGGUAUGAAUCUCGAGGAGCCGCAUAUGACCAGGACCAGAAGAAACGUGACAGGGAAAGUGCUCUGGCAGAGACUGCAGCAUUUAUGCAGAGGAUGAGUCUUGGCCGUACAGAUAACCUUCCCGCAAAGGAAUUUGAUAACAAUAAUGACAGAAGAUCUAGAGGUGGUCGAGGGAGAUAUGAUCGGGGUGGCAGUCAUGGAGGAGGUGACAAGAGGCAGCAGAGGAACAAUUCUGAAGAGGAAAAACAAGGGAAGGAAUGGAAGAACAGGCAGGUGCGAACAGAGGAUGGAAGGACAUAUAAUGGAGGUUACAGCAAUGCUUAUGAUCUGGCUAAUGAUCAGGAAAGGCCUCUCAGGCAAGAAAAAAACUUUGGCCGCAGUAGAAAUGGACGUAAGAACAAUAAUGGAGAAGGGCAGGGGUUUGAUGGAGAGGUGGGAGAGAGGGAAGAAGGUGCCUCAGCUCAGGGUCCAAAGCCAGGAAGAGGCAGGGGCAGAGGCAGAAAUGACAAUGGGAGAAAGCUAUGGGGAGGCAGUGAGCAGAGUGAUGGGCCAGGGAGGGAGGUCGCCCCAGUGAAGAAUGAACAGAAGGCAGAGAAGGAGAGCAGCCCAGUAUCAACACCCAGUGUAACAAGUUCAGGCAAAGAAGAUGAGCAGACCCAGAGGGACAGACUCAUGGAGCAGCUGAUGAAGGGAGUGUAUGAAUGCAUGGUAUGUUGCGACCGUAUCAAGCAGCAUCAUGCUAUAUGGUCCUGUGUCAACUGCUACAACUGCUUCCACUUAGGAUGCAUAAAGAAAUGGGCAAAAAGUUCCACUGGAGACUCUGGAUGGAGGUGUCCAGCUUGCCAAGCAGCCACGCCAAAAGUCCCAAAUGCCUACCUUUGUUUUUGUGGCAAAUUACGUGAACCAGAGUGGAACCGACGUGACACACCACAUUCAUGUGGAGAGGUGUGUGGUCGAGGAAGGAAGAUUGACUGGUGUAAUCACAAGUGCAAUAUUCUAUGCCAUCCAGGACCGUGCCCUCCUUGCGCAGCAUACGUUAAGAAGACCUGUCCCUGUGGAGCCAAAAGCCAGGACGUGCGCUGUAGCAUCACUGAGCCCUUCGUGUGUGAGGGAGUAUGUGGGAAGGUGCUGAAUUGUGGGGGCCACACUUGUGAAAAGCUAUGUCAUUCUGGACCCUGUGGUGACUGUCAGCAGGAAGUAGAGCAGAAAUGCUACUGUGGAAAGGAGAGCCGAUGUGCAAAGAUGAUCAACAUCAAUGCAACAUUUGGUAACUUCAUCAGCCUUGGCAGUGAGCUCCGAGCACAAGACAUUUUGAUCCAUGGCUCCACAUCGGCACUUAACUGGAGUCUCAAGGGGGCAGGGAGGGCAGGGACCUUCAUGGCACAGAGCCUGGCACUCAUGGUAGGAGCCAGGAACGCCACAUUUCAGUGUGCGCUGGCAAGGCUGGCUACAGGGACACCUGGUGAUGGCGGUAAUGGCCCUGGCACAAGGCUUGCACUCUCCCUCAUGACAGGUCUCUAUGCAGAUCCCGGAAAAUUGACGUGGGAAAUUUACAUCUGCAUAGAGACCUGUCUGAGGGAGAGUGCAAAACCUUUUGCCAAGGGCCUUAAACCCCAUCCCAGGGGUCCCUGUGGGAAAUGCCAGGCUCUGGCCAUGAAGGUCCCUGCCCCCCUGCCCCUUGAGACCCAUUUUAAAUGCCGAUGUGGAGCCCUGGGUCAAAUGUCUUGUGCUCGGAGCUCACUGCCAAGGCUGAUGAAGUCUGUAAAAAACCAUGAGGACAUUGAUUUUUGGCCCUUUACAAAAGCGGGGCUUUGCCAUCGUGGAAUUGUCCAAGUUUCCAAGACAAUGCGAAGCACACCGUGUUACCUGAAGGCAGUGUCAUGUGGUGCCAUCUGUGGCUUUCCUCUUCCCUGUGGCUUGCACAAGUGCAUACGUGUGUGUCAUGAGGCCCCUUGCGUCCCAGCUGGAACCCUGUGCACGCAGAAGUGCAUGAAGCCACGAGAGAACUGUGGGCAUCCCUGCUCCAACCCUUGCCACAGUGGCCCCUGUCCUGAUAAUUCGUGCAAGGAGAUGGUAAAGAUUACUUGCACAUGUGGACACCGUAAGACCAUGCUGCAGUGUUCAGAGAAUGAUCGAGAGUACAGAGCUCUUGCAACUUCAUUGCUUGCAUCACAAAUGCAGAACAUGAAUAAUGGAAGUACUGUUGACUUGUCUGAUAUCUUUACUUCUACAACAAGGCCAGAUAAGUUAAAAAGACUUCAUUGCAACGAUGAGUGCAUGCAGAUAGAGCGCAAUCGCCGCCUUGCACUGGCUCUUCAGAUAGAGAAUCCUGAAACUCGUGAUAAACUUGGAAAUGCUUCUGUGCUCUUCUCCGAUUUUAUGAAGGAUGAAGCGCGGAAGGAUCCCAAUCUUGCAAAGAUGGUUCAUGAUGCGCUAACAGAUCUUGUCCUCAAGGCAAAGGAGUCAAAGCAGAAGAGUCGCAGUCAUUCCUUCGCCCCAAUGAACAGAGAAAAGAGGCAGUUUGUCCAUGAAUACUGUGAGCAUUUUGGCUGCCAGAGUCAGUCUUAUGAUGAUGAACCUAAGAAAAACAUAGUUGCCACAGCUGUCAAAGGAAUGGGACAGUCGACAAGGGAUGAAGAAGCUGGAGAAAUCAAGCAGCAUUGAGAAAGAGACAGAGAGUGCGACAGCCAAGGCGCCUCCUAUAGAUUAUUUUGACUUUGAAGACUAGAUGCUUAAGGAUAUUGUUGGAGGAAAUGGAAACCCACUGAUAAAGUUUGCCUCAAAACUUGCUGAUAUUUAGACAUUUUUUGUACACUUUGAGAGACCAUCACCUUAUUUACCCAGUGUUAAAAACUCCUGCUCGUUUGUUCAGUGCAGCUUCAGUUUUUCUUUGUUGUGCAGAUUAAGAAAAUCUCUGUUUGUUACUUUAUUUUUAUUGGGAUAAAAAAAAAUUGUCAUAGCUAUUUGCAUCAUUGAAUGAUUCCAGGUUAUUGUGUUUGAAACAUUGAACCAGUGCAUAUUUUUGUUAUUACUCAUUCCUCCCAUUACAUAUCCUUCUAAUUCAUUCCUCAUUUACUUGGAGGAACUAUAUAUAUUAUGUGAUGAGAUUAGUGUCUAUAUAUACAAACACACCUAACUUUAUAUUCUAUUCUAUUGAUGAUCUUUGGCUAUGUCCCCCUUAGUGGAUUGUUUCAGAUAGUUGCUCUGAAGGCAUUGUCCUAGCCAAGGAAAGACCAUGCAUUAACAUAUUCAGUUUACUGUGUGACACUCAUAUUAAUAAAUAUUCAUAUAUACAUGUCAUAUAUACGGUUAUUUGGAGCUCUGUCCACUAGUAUUUUUUCUUUUCUUUAAUUAUCAGGAGUAAAUUCAGGUGGAAUUUGAAAACUGUUAUAUUGGUUUGAAAUAAAUGCAUAUUCUUGGAU